AUGGCAUCCAUAACACCAUCUUCUGAUAUCAUUGCAGUCCGUCUGCAAAAACUUGGCUGCAUGGGAACCACAACGCAAAUUAGCCCUGCAAUCAAAAAACCUUUGCAAUUCCUACCGGAUGGCGGAAUUGGUGAUUUUCUUUUGAAUAAGUUUGUUGGAAUCAGCUAUGUGUAUUCUAACAAAAAACCAUUAAUAUCAAAGGCCUCACUUGAAUGGGCGACAUUUGGAAAUCGGACACUGCGAAAAAUUGUGGAAAAUGACAAUAACAUCUGGUCCCUGCACAACGCAUUUGUAGAUUAUCAAAUCAGAGGAAAAUCGGGAAUAUUUUUCGGAAGUGUGAAUCCUGAUGCAGCAGAAGUUGCGAUAAAGCAUGAAGUUGGUCAUAUCAAAUUUUUGGCACUAGAAGCUUAUAAAAUACCGAAAGCAUUCGAAAAAGUCGCGGAAAUUACAGAUUACGAGAGUUUUACUGAAACAAACAUUUCUGAAUUCGAUUUUGCCGCUUCCUAUUACAGUAUAGCCCAACUCGGCCUAGGCUCUUAUGGCGAACCUGUAGACGCGUUCUGGGAUUUUCGAAUCUUAUCAAUAAUAAAAUGCGCAAUUAAACCCGGGGCACUGGUUUAUCUUGGAAUUCCAAUAGGAAUUGAUGGUAUUGUCUUCAAUGAGUAUCGAAUUUACGGUUCAAUAAGAUUGGCCAUGUUAAUAGCAGGAUUUGAUUGGAUUGCCACUUAUUCCCCUGAAGAAGACGGCAAUAUCGAGGUGACCGGCGAGUUCUUGUAUUCAAUUCCAAAAUUUACAUACAAAAUUCGAACAAUCGUGCUGAAAAAACGAAUAUAA